UGCAAUGUCUUCAGUCUCGAAAAAAUAUGAAGUCAUUCCAUUGAAUGUCUCACUUAAGCAAAGUUUUUUUGGUUUAAAAGGGCAAGGAAGUUCAAGAGAUGGAGGAAAAGCGUACUAUAUAGCGGGUGUCCUAUUUAUCUGGUGUCCCACUUAACGAGAGGAUACUGACUGGUCUAAAAUACAAUAUUGGAGCAUGCAUGUGAAAUGACAGGAAUGACAGCAUCAACCAUAGAUGAGAGUGAAAUGUUGCACAACAAAAUAGAGAAAAAUCUUGUUAAUACAAUUAGUGUCAAAGAUCAAUUAAACUUGUUGAAAGCAGAAAAGAAAAAGUUAAGAUCAAUUCUAGAAGCAAGAGAAGAAGAGCUGAGGAAGCUGAAUCUAGUGAAAACAUAUAGAGCCAAAAACAAUGUGAAAGAUCUAGAAGCGCUAACACGGAGAUGGAGAGAGACAGCGCAAGAAGCUGUUCAAGUACUUUACAAAACGUUAGCUUCAGUUGCAAAGCCUGAAAUGGGAGAGUUUUUAAAUACUUUGCAGAUCGACGAAAAGCUAAUACGAUAUGAUGCUGAGAGUGAUGACUUUUAUUAGAUGCAAGAGAGUAUAUAAACGUGGAAUGUCUACUUUUACCGUGUGCUAGGGGUCAGAAACAAGGCUAUUGCGGAGUUAUAAAGACAAUUUUUGCUAAUACUGUUAAUUCACCAGCGGGUUAUGCUUUGCCAGACUAAAAACCAUCUCCUAAAUAACCUAAAAUUUUAGACCCAAAAAUUUUCUUCAUCCCAAUAUAUCCUGAAAUUGUUUAUGGCUUUUUUUCCAAAUACCUUAAGUGGAUAAAUUUUGGCGAGUGUUUAAUUUGGCGAAUGACCAAAAAAAUAUUUAGCGGGGAUUUAAUUUGGCGAAUGAUAAAUUUUAUAAAAUUUGGCGAGGAUUUAAUUUGGCGAAUACAAAAAAAUGUUUAUUUUGGCGGGGAUUUAUUUGGCGAAUGACACAAAGAAAUGAAUUUUAUUUAUAAAACUUGUUGUGAAUAUAAAAAACGCUCGUUUUUUUUCUUAAUUAAAAAAAAAAAACGUAUUUUUUUUUAAAUUUGGCGGAGAUUUAAUUUGGCGAACGGUAAAUUAUGUUAAAUUUGACGAGUAUUUAAAUUAGCGAGUUGUCAGUUAACAAAAUUUUGACGGAUAUUUAAUUUGGCGAAUUCCGCCGAAAUGCGCCAAAAUUAAACCUCGCCAAAAUAUAUCCACUUAAGGUAGUAACUCUUUGUUAUUACGUUGUAUGUGAACAGGAAUGCUGAAAAUAACAAUGUAAAUCAUUGUUAUUGCAAGUCGAAAUACCACACAGCCACAAAGGAAAGACUUGUUUAUUAACUCUCCAUUUGGCAAGAUAUUUAUAUAAAAUUAUCAUGAUUUUGCACUCACAUGUAAAAAAACAUCAGUCUGCCUGAGCGAGUCAGUCCACUUAGCCGGACCACCUUACUGCAGAUAAACACCCACUUAGUUGAAGAAAAACAAAUGUUUUCGAAAAUUUACAACUCGGCCCAGACUUCAAAUAAAAAAUUUAUAAAAAAGCGCUUAAGGAACAACGUUAAAAAAUUAAUGUUAGUUGGCCACUGUAAAAACACGUUCGGAAACAUCAAAGAAUCUGAUAUAUGUUAUUUAAUAUAAAUACAUUAUUUAUCUAAAUUGUAAAUUGUUAUGCCUUAUACAUUCUGAACAAAGUUUAUUAUUAUUAGAAUAACUUAUCUGCGCGUGA